GUCUCCUUGCAGAGAUGAAACUGCUCCUGGCCCUGGCAGGGGCUCUGGCCACGCUUGCCCUCCCCGAGCCCUGUGAGGGCACUGCCGCAGCAAUCCCCAGGGCAGUGGAAACAUCCGUCAUUCAGGACUGCAUCACAGAGGCCAAGCUGAUGGUGGACACAGCCUACAAUCGGACACAAAGGAGCAUCAAGCAGCGCCUUCACAGUGGCUCAGCCAGCCCCAUGGACUUCUUGUCCUACUUCAAACAGCCAGGAGCAACCACCAAGAUGAUAGUUCGUGCUGCUGACUACAUGCAUGUGGCCUUGGGGCUGCUGGAGAAGAAGUUCCAGCCCCAGGGGUCCAGGAUCUUCAAUGUAACUGAGGUGCUGACGGAAUCCCAGAUCCAGCUGCUGUCCCAGGCCAGCGGCUGUGCUGUCCAAGACAAUGUUGAGAAGUGCAGCAACAAGUACCGUACCAUCACUGGGAUAUGCAACAACAAGAAGAGACCUUGGCUGGGGGCUUCCAACCGGGCCCUGGCCCGCUGGCUACCAGCCCAAUACGAGGACGGCGUGUCGCUCCCCUUCGGGUGGACCCCUGGCAAGAGGCGCAAUGGCUUCCUCCUCCCUAUGGUCCGGGCUGUCUCCAACCAGAUUGUGCGUUUCCCCAAUGAGAGGUUGGCCUCAGACCGGGGUCGGGCCCUCAUGUUCAUGCAGUGGGGCCAGUUCAUCGACCAUGACCUGGACUUCUCCCCAGAGUCCCCAGCCAGAGUGGCCUUUUCUGGGGGCAUCAACUGUGAAACAUCCUGUGCUCAGCUGCCCCCCUGCUUUCCCAUCAAGAUCCCACCCAAUGACCCUCGCAUCAGGAAUCAGAGAGACUGCAUCCCCUUCUUCCGCUCAGCACCUGCUUGCCCCCAGAACAAGGACAAAGUCCGCAACCAGAUCAAUGCGCUCACGUCCUUUGUGGACGCCAGCAUGGUGUAUGGCAGUGAGGUCACCCUCUCCCUGCGGCUCCGCAACCGCACCAACUACCUGGGCCUGUUGGCCGUCAACGAACAGUUCCAGGACAAUGGCCGGGCCCUGCUGCCCUUCGACAACAUGCGGGACGACCCCUGCCUCCUCACCAACCGCUCGGCGCGCAUCCCUUGCUUCCUAGCAGGUGAUUCUCGAUCCAGUGAAACCCCCAAACUAGCCGCCAUGCACACCCUCUUCAUGCGAGAGCACAACCGACUAGCCACGGAGCUGAAACGGAUGAACCCCCGGUGGAGUGGAGACAAACUGUACAAUGAGGCCCGGAAGAUUGUGGGGGCCAUGGUCCAGAUUAUCACCUACCGAGACUUUUUACCCUUGGUUCUGGGCAAGGCCCGCGCGCGGAGGACACUGGGGCCCUACCGGGGGUAUUGCUCCAACGUGGACCCCCGUGUGGCCAAUGUCUUCACCCUGGCCUUCCGCUUUGGCCACACCAUGCUGCAGCCCUUCCUGUUCCGCUUGGACAGCCGGUACCAGGUCUCCCGCAUCCCGCUUAGCUCUGCCUUCUUUGCCAGCUGGCGAGUUGUGCACGAAGGUGGCAUCGACCCCCUCCUCCGAGGCCUCAUGGCCACCCCUGCCAAGCUGAACCGCCAAGAUUCCAUGAUGGUGGAUGAACUCCGCGACAGGCUGUUUCGGCAAGUGAGAAGGAUCGGGCUGGACCUGGCAGCUCUUAACAUGCAGCGGAGCCGGGAUCAUGGCCUCCCAGGGUACAAUGCUUGGAGACGCUUCUGUGGCCUCUCCCAGCCUCGGAAUUUAGAACAACUUAGCCGGGUGCUGAAGAACCGGAAUUUGGCACAGAAGUUCCUGAACUUGUAUGGGACACCUGAAAACAUUGACAUUUGGGUUGGGGCCAUUGCAGAGCCUCUCCUGCCCGGGGCUCGAGUGGGGCCUCUUCUGGCCUGUCUUUUUGAGAACCAGUUUAGAAGAGCCCGAGAUGGAGACAGAUUCUGGUGGCAAAAAUGGGGUGUUUUUACCAAGAGACAGCGCAGAGCCCUGAGUCAGAUCUCCUUGUCGCGGAUUAUUUGUGACAAUACUGGCAUCACCACUGUUUCGAGGCACAUCUUCCGAGCCAACAUCUACCCCCGGGGCUUUGUCAGUUGCAGCCGCAUCCCCAGGCUGAACCUGUCAGCCUGGAGAGGGAGAUGAGCCCUUGGCAGG